CCCACUUCCAACAGCCGCCCUUCUCAUUCGGGAGCAAGCGCCCGUUGAAAACGCAAGCUACCUGCGUGCUCUGUCCUUAAUGGAGUAGCACAGCGUCGACCAAAUGAAACAGCGUCGUCUAACUACAGACAUCCCCAUUCUCCACUUCUUCUUAUACACUUCUCAAGUAUAACGUUUUUCAUAAGACUUGGAAAUCCAGUAAAUAUCUUCCACAUUAUGUGUAGAGAGACGUUCAGGGUUUGAAGAGAACGUACGGUAAUAUUUCUGAGAUAAGUAUCGUCGUAGAUUCAGGUUCAACAUGGUAAGGAACAUUUGGAAGACAAAGGAACAUUUAUGGCAAGUGAUGAGCUUCUUAGGAAUUUUAGUGACUGCUUUCGUAGAAGCAUCUUCAAUGUCAGAAUACAGAGCUCCGAGAAUUUCUUUAGAGCCUCCUCCAAAAGUGACGUUCCUCAACAACUCCGGAACGUCGAUUCAUUGCCUGGUUACAGGAAACCCUACACCAGACACCAUUUGGGUUUUAGCCGAUGGUACUGAAGCAAGCGAUAUACCUGGUUUGAGGGUUUCUUUGUCUAACGGUACUCUCGUCUUUCCACCUUUCCGCUCGGAGUAUUUUCGACAGGAUAUCCAUUCCUCUGUUUACCGCUGUGUGGCUUCCAACUCUGUGGGUAAGGUUGGAAGUAGAGACGUCCAUCUGAGAGCAGUGGUCCACCAAAACUACGAGGUUCAGGUUUAUGACGAAUUUGUUACAAGGGGGAACACAGCGAUUCUCAGAUGUUAUAUUCCUAUCUACGUCAGAGACUACGUCAUCGUGACAGCAUGGGACAGGGAUGAUGGUAUUACUAUUGUCUCAAACAUAGCAAACGGAGGGCGCUUCAGUGUUCUUUCCCAUGGGGAGCUUCAUAUCCGGAAUGCUACGGAUGAAGAUGGAUAUAAAAGCUAUUUCUGUCGUACCACUCACUUACUGAGUGGAGAAUCCCAGCUAAGCCAAAAUUCAGGAACCCUGAUAAUUACAGAGCCACAGAUAAAGCAGACGCCACGACUUUCAGAGACUAGGACCGUGUACAAUGUUGAAGGGGGAGAACCAGUUGAGCUUACUUGUGCAGUAGCACAAGCUUAUCCACUUCCAACUUACAACUGGUACAAAAAAGAAGGGACGAACCUAAUUCCAGUUUCAGCCAGUGGAAAUAUAAUACAAGCAAGUGGCUCCCUUUUUAUUAAAAAAACCAGCGUCAGGGUUGGUGGUACGUACGUAUGUUUAGUGAAAAAUAACAUAGGACUGAAAAGAAUGGAAACACACCUAACAGUCACAGUUCCGUUAAAAGCAAAGCUCACUCCCGAAAGACUCCUUGUCGACGCUGGAAGAUCCACAAUCCUAACGUGUAACGUGUCAGGAUUUCCAGUGAACACAGUAAAGUGGGUUAAAGAUCAGCGCCCUCUGACGCCUGAUGGAAUGAAGUUUCGUCUUCUAACUAGUAGUUCGCUUCACAUAUCAUCUGUUGGACGUGAAGAUAAAGGCAUUUACCAGUGUUACGUAACCAACAAAGACGAUUCUGCACAAGCUGCUUUAGAACUGGUUUUAGGUGAAACUGCUCCAGUUCUACUAGAGACAUUCCCUGACCAGACCCUGAAUCCAGGACCUAGCGUAUCUUUACACUGUACUGCAUCAGGAACUCCACUUCCUCAGGUAACGUGGGCUUUGGAUGGAUAUUCCGUGCCAGACAAUGACCGAGUACGCAUAGGGGAUUAUGUCAGUCGCAGUGGAAAUGUGGUUAGUUUCGUCAAUAUUAGCAACGUCCAAGUCCAAGAUGGAGGAGCGUACGAGUGCACCGCCGGAAAUGAUGUUGGCAGCAUACGCCAUUCCGCCCGUCUAAACGUUUUUGGAAACCCCAUAGUGAAAACUAUGCCAGCUAAAGUUGUAGUGUCGGCUGAAACUAGUUAUCUCCACUGUCGAGUUGCUGGGUACCCGAUUGAUCAAAUAUCCUGGGAGAAAGAUGGUCGCCAACUCCCAUUUAACCGUCGCCAGAAAGUUUUCCCAAAUGGGACCGUUAUGAUUAAGGAACUCCAGAAAACAAAAGAUGAUGGUAUCUACACCUGUACAGCUACUAAUGACAAAAGAAAGAGCGCCUCUGGCGACGUUCAGGUUAAAGUCAAAGUAAAGCCUCUUGUAUUGCCGUUCGUCUUCCCCGAGAAUGUGGAACGUGGGAUGAAACUGAGUGCAGUAUGUUCUGUGGCGGUUGGAGAUCCUCCAAUCAAUGUUUCCUGGAUCAAAGACGGAACAACAUUGUUGUCGAGGGGGGAUGUUUCUGUUAAGACUUUUACUGAAGAUGCUAUGCUCUUGUCUAUUGAAAACGUAGGACUUCAACAUAGUGGAGACUACACCUGCGUAGCCAGGAACGACGCUGGAGCUGUGAAUAUCACUCGCUCUUUGGUUGUUCACGGUACGGCCUCUAGUGACUACCUUCCUAUUACCACAAGUUAUCAUCAUCAGAUUUUUGAAAAUGGUUCACUCGUUAUCCAAGAUGUAACGAAAGAAGACGAAGGCUACUACUUGUGCCAAGCCACGAACGGAAUUGGUUCAGAAGUGAGUGGAGUUGUUCUGUUAACAGUGCAUGUUGCUCCCCAAUUUCGCAACAGAUUCCAGACUCGAAUAGUCCAGAAGAACGAAUCUGUUAUCCUGGACUGUAGCGUAACAGGAGACUAUCCAAUCAAAAUGACUUGGUCACGUGAUAAACAACCAAUUGCGUUUGACUUUGAACCCAGGAUACGAAUAAAAGAAGAGACUUCUGAUGGAAUGUUAAUGUCGCAAGUGACUGUUAUUUCUACUAGCAGAAGCGACUCAGCGCUGUAUACUUGCAAAGCUAUUAACGCCUUCGGGUCGGAUGAGUCUAAUAUACAGUUAAUCAUACAAGUCUUAGAAAACCACAAAACUGUAUAUAAUACAACAGUCUCUAGUACAGAUGUCGCUACCCGAUUGGAUCAUUUAAAGCCUGCUACAACCUAUGAACUUUACGUUACUGCAGAAAACAUUAUCGGUGUGAGUGGACUUAGCACGAAAGUGACCUUUACAACUGACUCUGAAGCUCCUGCUGGCCCACCAAGAUCUAUUGUUUUUGAAAGUAUGACGUCAGAGGCUGUGAAAGUCACAUGGCUGCCACCAAAUGAAAGUGUUCGAAACGGAGUAAUUCGUGGUUAUUACGUGGGAUAUAAAAAGACUAAUUCCUCUGAAUCAUAUCAGUACAAGACUGUAGAAGCCAAAUCCAAAGACGAUAUUCGAAUUGAAUGUGUGCUUCAAGGAUUGGAGAAAUUCAAUUUUUACACAAUAGUUAUUCAAGCCUUCAACGAUAAAGGUGCAGGACCUCGUUCAGACCCUGUUACCGAAAGGACUCGAGAAGAUGUGCCCACACUCCCUCCAAGAAGUGUGAAAUGUAUGCCUCUGACGUCGCAAAGCAUAACGAUUACGUGGCUGUCUCCACCACAGACAUCCAUUAAUGGUGUCCUAAGAGGAUACAAAGUUUUCUAUAGACCAGUGACGUUGUUUUAUGAUCGUUUGGUUUCUCCACUUGUUCUCAAAGACGAUGCAACAGUAACUACAGUACAAGAUUUGAAAAAAUUUACCAACUAUAGUUUAUGGGUCUUAGCUUUCACGAGAGAAGGAGAUGGCGUUUCGAGCGAACCUGUGUACUGUCGGACCUUACCGGACGUUCCGAGUGCUCCUGCUGAUAUCAAAGCUAUUCCCAUGUUUUCCAAUGGCAUCUUAGUGUCGUGGAGACCACCAACACAGCCUAACGGUCUUAUUCAACACUACACUUUGUAUCAAAGAUCGUUAUUCCGUGGUCUUCAGGACACCACUUAUCAUCGAGUGGAUCCAUUUAAAAGCCACUUUAAAGUUUCGAACCUCGAGAAAAACAAGCGAUAUGAAUUCUGGUUGACUGCCUCCACAAAUAUUGGGGAAGGUGAAUCAACACGAGUCUUGUCACAAACCACUUCAGAAACAACACCUGCAAGGAUAGCUUCGUUUUCUGAGCAUCUGGCAAUUAGCCGUGGAUCUGAAGCCCAUUUGCCUUGUUUAGCUGUAGGAAUUCCGACUCCACACCGAGAGUGGUCAUUCAGGGGUCAACCAAUUGCAGUAAAAGGAAGUAAAGUACGUGUGUUAGCCAAUGGAUCUCUCAUUAUCCCAAGUGCUGCAGAAAGUGACUCCGGAAACUACACCUGCCAUGUACGAAAUACUCACGGAGCUGAUGAGAUUGGGUUCGUUGUGAACGUUCAAGCGAAAUACACGCUUGGGAAAGGUUUUCCUGCUCCAACUGAUCUCAGAGUGAUCAGAAUCACUUUUUCAAGUGCACAGAUUUCUUGGAAUAUGGAUCCACGAUUCAAAGUACAGCUCACAGGCUACGUACUUCGUUACAAAAGAGACUUUGGUCAGUGGGAAAAUGAAAAGGUCUCACCUUCCGUUACCACCUUUUCUUUAGAAAAACUGAGUUGUGGAACAAAAUAUUUGCUUCAGCUAGUUGCUAUGGGUACUGGAAGUGAAGGUGACCCUAGCAACGUUUUGUCUAUUCGCACUAAAGGAGAAGCUCCUGAAGCUCCCUCUCGUGAAGCGUUUAUUACUUUCAAUUCCACUUUCGUAAUUCUACACAUGAACACAUGGAACAGUGGAGGUUGUGCAAUCAAAUCUUUUAUUAUUCGAUACAAACGUUUUUACACCAUUGAUUGGAAGGUAGCCGUCUCUGAUCUAGGAAAUCACCAUGACCACGUAAUAAUCCAGGACCUAUCGCCAAGCACGUGGUACAAUUUACGUAUAACAGCCCAUAACAGUGCUGGCUCUACAGUGAAAGAAUACACCGUUUCGACUUUGACCCCAGAUGGAGCCACGAUAGCUCCAGUAGCUUUUGGGGGUUACCAGCGACCCGAGAAGCCUUGGGAGGAAUUGAACAUUAUCAUUCCAGUUGUUGCAGCUGCUAUUGCUUUGACAGUCGUCUUGGGGGUGUCCAUUUGUGUCUGCGUUAAAAGACGACAGUCAGACGAACUGUACGAAAGAAAUAGACCUGGAGGUCCAGACAUGAUUCUUCGCGAUAGUCAAAAGAAGGUGCAGGACCAAGUCCAGUUCCGGGAAAUGGCAACAUACCAGAGGGCUCCGAAAGCUCAGAGACCAGUUCGAAAUGACCCAACUUUGGAGCGUGAUCAGAUUCUACCCCUACCAGAGGAACAAGACCAUUGUAAUGCACCUUACGCCACCUUCCGGCUACCCGGAUGUGAGUCUGACACUGAGAGUUCCCAGGGUACAGUUCGUGAGCUUCAGACAUUCGGCAACCAAUACCACAGAUCUUUUCCUGAUCCCGCGGCUCAGGCAACCGCCGAGGUGUGGGAAGGACUUGUUGUAGACCUACAACAAACACCUGCAAAGUUACUGACAUAUGAAAGGAAAUGUUCAGAGGCCACAAAAUAUCUAAAAUGUGAAGGUCUGUACAGCGUGGAUCCGGCAACAGAUGGCGCCACAAAUAAAGAAUGUAGGGAGGCUGUUAUGAUUUCAAGAGACUUUUCACUGUCGUGUAGGCCUACAUCUUAAAAUAUUUGCUAUAGAAAGGUUUUGGUUUUGUUACAAGAAAUCAAAUGAUGGAGAUUAUGUGAUAUAUAUAAGUAGUUUUGGAAAUAGAUAUAUUAUAAUAGUUAAUAAUUCUGUCCCUAAAUUAAAAAUGAUACUAAAAUACCAGGAAUAAAGAUGUCUUUGUAUAUAAAUAUUUGUGUAUUCGUAUUCCCGUCCAAUCCAUUUUCCCUACCUUGAAUGUUAAAACACUUUUAACUGGUGGUUGCAUGUAACGCAUGCGUAUGAUAAUACCACCAGUGACAAAAUUAUUUUUCCUUUUCUUCUAUUCCACCUUUUAUUAAUCGUAAAUAUCUACCAAGAAAUAAGAAAUGAAGAGAAAAACACGCCAUUUUCGUAAUCGGUGUUUGUUUCAUAAAUUUAUUAUCUUGACAAUUGUGAUUUUAAUAAAUUUUUUGUUACAACUUUAAA